AUGCUGGGUGCCGGCUUGGAAGCGGUGGAUGGCGGAAACCCCAAGGAUGGGGAGUGCAAAGUGAAGACGGUGAGCGUGUCGGCGCUGCCCUUUCUCCGGGAGAACGACCUGAGCAUUCACACCCCGCUGGCGGCGGAGCCCAAACUCCUCUUCUCGGUCAGGAACGAUUUCCCCGGCGAGGUGGUGGUGGUGGAUGAUCUGGAGAACACCGAGCUGCCCUAUUUCGUCUUGGAAAUAUCUGGCUCUGCAGAAGAGAUCCCCCUUGUUCGCUGGAGGCAGCAGUGGCUAGAAAAUGGAACCUUGCUUUUUCAUGUCCACCAUCAGAACAUAGCCCAUCGUUUACCAGGCCUUAUCCCAACCAUCUACUCUCAGACUGAUUCUGCUGAGGAGGAACUCCGAAUCCUUCACAUUUCUGUGAUGGCGGGGAUGAUUGCCUUGCUGUUGGCGAUAUUGUUCCUCGUGAUGGUUCUCUACACUCGGCGGCGAUGGUGCAAGCGUCGUCGUGUUCCACAACCGCAGAAAAGUGCCAGCGCAGAAGCUGCAAAUGAGAUCCACUACAUCCCAUCGGUAUUAAUGGCUGGCCAGACUCGGGAAAGCCUGCGGAACUCGCGACUGCAAGGCCACAACUCCAGCGGUUCCAUCAGCAUCCGGGAGACUCCAAUACUCGAUGGGUACGAGUAUGACAUUGAUGACCUUCGUCAACAGCUGCAGAGAGAGUGUAUGAAUGGCGGCGAGGACUUUGGCAGUCAGGUGACACGUACCUUGGAUUCUCUUCAAGGCUGCGAUGAGAAAACCUGCUUGGAUCUCACUCCAGUCCAAGUCCUGGCCACUGCAACUUCCGGAAGUGAUACCACCAAGCUGUCACUCAUGAAUAAGUACAAAGAGAACUUAUUAGCAACGAGCCCUGUGGACAUCAGCCACCAGCAGACAGCUCUGCUCCCACGCAGUGCUUCCGGUGGACAGAGGAAGCGGUUUACAAGUAAAUCCAGAGCUGGAUCUGCCUUCUUGAACCCGGAAGGUGACUCUGGAACUGAAGCUGAUAAUGAACCCCAGCUGACAUUUUACACUGACCCUUCCCGCAGCAGACGCCGUAGCAGAGUGGGUUCUCCCCGCAGCCCUAUCAAUAAAACCACCCUCACACUGAUAAGUGUGAUCGGUUGUGUAAUUGGGUUGGUUUAUGGCUCCCACUUGACCUGUCCUUUGUCUGUCAAAGUUGUUCUUCAUGUCCCAGAACAUCUCAUUGCAGAUGGCAGCAGAUUCAUCUUGCUUUAUGGAAGCCAGUUAGUUGCCAGUGACUGGUUGAAUCCCGCUCAGGUGGUGCUCUACCACCAGCAGAACAGCAGUGGUCCCUGGAUAAUGGAGUUAUGUGGUCGUCGCCUGAUUGACCCCUGUGAGCAUGAGUGUGAUAUGGACACAGGUGAGUGUGGCUGCCAGGAGGGAUAUACAAAAGAUCCUGUCCACAAGCAUCUCUGCAUCAGAAAUGAUUGGGGGAUAAACCAAGGUCCCUGGCCAUACACAGUGUUUCAGCGUGGUUUUGAUCUGGUGAUGGGAGAACAGCCGUCAGAUAGAAUUUUCAGGUUUACCUACACCCUUGGUGAAGGAAUGUGGCUGCCGCUUAGUAAAAGUUUCGUCAUUCCCCCAGCAGAACUUGCCAUCAACCCUUCAGCAAAAUGCAAGACAGACAUGACGGUGAUGGAGGAUGCGGUCGAGGUCAGAGAAGAAGCCAUGAUCUCUGCUUCCUUUGACAGCCUUGAGGUCCUCCUUGACUCUUUUGGCCCUGUAAGGGAUUGCACAAAGGACAAUGGUGGCUGCAGUCGAAAUUUCUGCUGUAUCUCCGAUCGCAAGCUUGAUUCAAGUGGUUGUGUUUGCCCUCUGGGACUCAGCCCAAUGAAGGAUGGCUCAGGCUGCUAUGACAGACACAUUGGCAUUGAUUGUUCAGACGGGAUGAAUGGAGGUUGCGAGCAGCUAUGCCUACAGCAAACCGUGCCACUACCAGAUAACCCCUCGCACUACAACAUUGUGAUGUUCUGUGGUUGUAUUGAGGACUACAAGCUAGCUUCGGAUGGAAGGCUUUGCCAGCUGGUUUCUGAGUCCUGCAACAGCGGCCUAGAAUGUGGUGAUGCCAGCAUUGCUCUGAAUCAGACUUUCUUCAGAGAUGUCUUCUAUGGUUACAAUAAUCAGACAAAGGAACCUGUGCUUGGCCAAGUGUUCAUGGGGACAUUCAGACAGAAGAAUUUUGUGACUGGUAUCCCACAGCAGCUGCCCGAUGGAAUGAUUGUAUCAGCUCUGCCCAGUGAAAGCCAGUGUCAGGAAGAGCUGUCUGAACCUGUACCCGAUCCAGACUACCUCACAGGAAUGGUUAACUUCAGUGAAGUGACUGGAUACCCAAUGGUGCAGCACUGGAAGCUCAGAUCAACACAGUACCAUGUAAAACUCAACCAGAAGACACUUUCAGCAGCAUUCAGCCAUGCGAUCCAUUCUUUGGAUGGAGCUACAGUGAGGAGCGACUUUGCAUCAGUGCUGGAGGAAUUUGGCAACCACUACAUCCAGGAGGCACUGUAUGGAUUUGAGGAGACAUGCACCAUUUGGUUUCCAAAUCGUUCCGUUCAGAGACAGCUGAGGAUGGAAUACCAAGAUAUUAGCAAAGGUAAUUCACCAUCUGAUGAAUCAGAGGAACGUGAGAAGGAUCCCAAGUCUUUAACCUUUCCAGCCUACAUUGGCAGCCUACUUGAUUCUGGUGAUGAGCUGAUGUCAUCGGGAGUGAGAAUGUACUGUGAAAGCAGGGGAGGCUGUCCACCUUCCUGCCACCUAUGUCACACAACAGGGGGUCAGAACAGGCAAGAAGAACCUGUGUUACUGGAAGUCACCAAGGCUGCUCCAUUGUAUGAACUGCUGAGUGACAAUGAAACACAGAAAGCCAUUUAUGAAGCAAUGUUGAGCCAACUGUGGUGUUCAGGAGGCGGCGAUGUCAUCGAUGACUGGUGUAGAUGUGACUCUACAACAUUUAGCAUUGAUGGGCUGCCAAACUGUGCUCCCCUGCCUCAACCAAUUUUGCGAUUGUCACCAGCACAUGAACCAAGUAGCUCACUGGUGGUUUUAGAGUGGGACCACACAGAGCCUGCGAUUGGGGUGAAGAUUGUGGACUAUCUCAUCAGCUUGGAAAGGGUCACCAUCACCGAUCGCGCAGAAAUGUCCAAGGUAGAGACAGAAUCGGUGCUGAGUUUUGUAGAUGACAUUGCCUCUGGAUCCAAGACUCCCUGUGUGAUGUUGGGAAAAGUUCCAGACAAGGUGUCAAACUCAAUAUCUUUGAUAAUCAGAUGCCUGGAGCCUGACACUACAUAUAUGUUUACCUUGUGGGCAGUGGAUAACACUGGAAGACGCUCCAGACCUAGCGCAGUUACUGUUAAAGUACCUUGUCCACUUGUGGAUGACGUCAAGGCUAAAGAAAUUGCUGACAAAAUCUAUAACUUGUUCAAUGGCUACACAAGCGGAAAGGAGCAACAAACUGCAUACAACACGCUGAUGGAUCUGGGCUCAUCCACCCUGCAUCGAGUGUAUUACCACUACAAUCAAGACUAUGAGCACUUUGGAGAAUUCACCUGGCGCUGUGAAGACGAAUUGGGACCAAGGAAGGCUGGUCUGAUCCUGUCUAAGUUAGAAGAGUUGAGUAGCUGGUGCAGAAGUCUACUGCGAGAGCCCAAGAUCAUCCUGCGUCGGAUCUCCUUGAAGUAUCUCUCCUGCCAGUACAGUGAAAUGAAGCGUUCAGGUAUAAACUGGCAAGACCUAAGCACAGAAGUAAAGAAGAUCUGCGACGAGCAGUUCCUGACAGUGCUGUACAAUGACUAUGGAGAGCACAAAGAGUUCUGA